AGUUUUGGAUUCAAGAGUAUAGCUUAAGGAAAACAAAUGAAGUUCUCUGUGUGUUGAAUCUCAUUUUCUUCUUCAAAAUGCCACCCUCUCCGGUUCUUUGGUUUACCGUUUUAUUCCUCAUUUCUGUGCAUAACUUCGGGGAUUGUCAUCUUAAUCUGUUUAUGAAUGAAGAAGAAACAUGGAGACUAUUAGGAAUAACUGCUGAGUUGUUUUACGUUCGAAAUGGCAUCAUCAACAAGUACGCACUCCAGUUCAACUUACCGAUUCCUGCGGAAAUCACCGAGAUUUAUUUUGCAUGGCAGAACACGAAGUCACAACAUCAAAUGUUUUAUAAUCUGGACUUCCAUGUCUCCAACUACCGAGCCAUGAAGCAUCCGCAGACUAACGUCUCUAAAGAUGGUAUCGUGCCGACGAAAGCACAAGUUUUUAAAAUCACGCUCCCGUGUACGGGUAAAAUGAGCGCGGAGGUUGAUUUCCAGGUGAAUCUCAACGUGACGAUGUACUCUGCUACUAACGUCACAGUCUUGACGAUAAAACGGCGGAAAAUGUGUAUAAAAAACGAUGAAGAGCUGUUUUAUCGGAAUAAUAAUAAACCAGACGAUACUUAUAAAUAUAUCAAUGACACUUAUUCUUUAAACGAUCCGACACGGAUAGGCAGUUACACGCCCGCCUCUAUAAAUUAUUACUACAUCGGUAUCGGGUGUAUGUGCGGUCUUAUCCUACUCAUCAUAUCAAGUAUCGUCAUCUAUUACAUCAAGACGCAGAAAACGCGGCGUAACGAAAGAAUGAGUUUAAAACCGCCCGACGGAGGAGACACAAGCAGUUCUCAAGCCCUGUCACAGCAGGCAUUCCUGCGCUCAGAGACGCCCAACACGACCACUUGUACCACGGCUAGUCUACCAGGAACUUCACAAAAAGACUACCUCAAUUACGCCUCUAGUCACACGCUGCCUGGCUCAUUCACGAGUCACGGUCGAGCAAAACAACACAGUGCCGCCACUGUAAAUGAGCUAAAAAUAGAUCCCGUCAUUUCGUUAUCGGAAAUUGCGAUCAACAGGGACCAGAUUACGUUGAGGGAGGUUUUAUUAGAAGGCACAUUUGGUCGUAUCUAUCAUGGUGUCCUUCAUGUCGCCAAUGAGGAGGAUGAAAUAGAAAUCGACACUUCUAUGGAUCAGGAUAUUUUCGUAAAGACAGUUACAGAUCAAGCUCGCCACGACCAGACCAACAUGAUGCUGCGUGAGAGCUGCAUGCUGAAGGACCUGAGCCAUAAAAAUAUCAACCCCAUCAUCGGUGCUUGUCUAGAGAAUGAGAUGCAGCCUCUAUUACUCUACCCCUACUCAACCGAGGGCAAUCUUAAAAAGUUCUUACUGAGGUGUAAAGCAUCUGACGUCACAGCACAUGCACUCUCCACCCAACAGUUAGUGUUCAUGGCUAUCCAAGUCAUCAGAGCGUUACAAUAUCUUCAUCGGAGAAAAAUAGUGCAUAGGGAUGUGGCAACAAGGAAUAUGGUCAUCGACAGUGACCUGACGAUACGUCUCACCGAUAUCGCCCUUUCCCGCGAUCUCUUCCCCAACGACUACCACUGUUUAGGAGACAACGAAAACCGGCCGGUCAAGUGGCUGGCGUUGGAGUCACUGAUUGAGAGAAAGUUCAGUACUGCUAGCGAUCUGUGGGCGUUUGGUGUCGUGUUAUGGGAGCUAAUGACGCUAGGUCAACAGCCGUACGUCGACGUCGAUCCAUUUGAAAUGGCCGCAUACCUCAGGGAAGGAUACCGAAUAGCUCAACCAAUGAACUGCCCCGACGAAUUGUUUGCUGUGAUGGCAUGCUGCUGGGCUCUCUCCCCAGACGAUCGGCCAAAGUUCUCGCAACUCCUCGUGUGUCUUCAAGACUUUUAUACAGCGCUCGGGCGUUACAUUUAAAUUCUUCGUCGGACCAAGAUUAUCUCAGAAAGAACUUUUCAUGAUUCCAGGAGAAUGAAAGCAGCGUAAUUGGUUUUCUCGUUGGAAGGACACUUUCAUGGUUUUCUGUAGAAAUCUUUCAAAAAGACGUUGUGAAAAUCAAAAUAACGUUUCAUGGCUUAGAGGAGGAAUCGACAAACUAAGAUAUUUUAUCUCCUCCAUAGGUAGGAAACGGUAUGUUAUAAUAAUACGGGAAGAUACAGCUACUUAUCUGAACUUCAGAACAAGUUUGAACUUGUACAUUUCAGUGAAAUGUAUCCUUUGAGACAUUUUUGUAUGAGAGACUUUGACUUUUUGGAGAGAUAUACUCUUACAAAGGAUAAUCACGGAUAAAUCUGUUGAUUUUGGACGAAUCUAACCCUCCGAAAAUGUUUGGACGUUCUCACAAUUUUUGGAGGUGUCACUCAAGUCAUAAUGGUGCUAUUGAAAACAUGACAUUACUCCGCAACACGGACACCUAGUAGACAUUCAUUUCUCAAUCAAACUCGCUUUCAGAGACAUUAAGGGCCGAAUUUACAAAGGGUGUUUAGCUUAAAACAGCGUUUAAUGUCUGAAUAGACAGAGUCAGGGCCUUGCAGGGUUUCUUCAUGAAAACCGCAUUAGGCCCUGAAACUGAUUAUGUAGAAUUUCCACGCGUCUAACUCUUAAACACCCUUCGUAAAUUCGGCCCUAAGAUGGACGCUUGAUAUGUAAGGAAUUUACUUUGUUAAGUGGAAUGUCAAGAAUUCGUUUCUCGGGAUGAAAUAUGAAAUAUUGAAGGAAUCGAUGUUGAAAUUUGAUUUGUUUACGAUCAAUUAUAAACUAUCUUUGGUUAUUUAUUGUUUUCCUCUUGGUUGUUCAAGUAGAAUGACAUGGGUUAAUCGGGGGUGGGGGGAGGGGGGAUUCAUUUGCAUUGGUUCUCCUAUAUACCAUAUUGUUGUUACCUGGGUUCAAGGAUGGAGUAAUCUUUCAUUUCCAUAUCAAGGUCAUACAAUUAAUCAAAAGUAUUUUUUUCUUGGUUCUUGUUGAUUCUAACAAUUUGUUCGAGUAUGAUUAUCAGGGACUGGGUUGUUUAUUUACAUCAUUUGGGAAAAUAACUCAGCCAAUUUUGUUGUUUAUUAUUGAGAUAAUUUGACUUUGUUCUUCCGGAGUUAUUUACUUGGUAAUCUGAGAAACAAUAGCUAAUAUUUAUGCAGUCUAGUAAAUGCUUUUACUACAGUUUUCUACAGAGGUGGCUAGUGUAAAUGUACAUGAAGUUUAAAGUAAAAGCAUUUACUAGUCUUAUAAAGACUAGUAAAUGCUUUUACUACAGUUUUCUACAGAGGUGGCUAGUGUAAAUGUACAUGAAGUUUAAAGUAAAAACAUUUACUAGUCUUUUAUAAAUAUCGGCCAUUACCUGGGUUAAUACUUGGUAAUCUGAGAAACAAUGGCUAAUACUUAUAAAGACUAGUAAAUGCUUUUACUACAGUUUUCUACAGAGGUGGCUAGUGUAAAUGUACAUGAAGUAGUAAAAGCAUUUACUAGUCUUUUAUAAAUAUCACCAAUUACCUGGGUUAAUACUAUAUAGGGUUAUUUAUUAAAAAAAUUUGACUUGAAAAUCUCCACUUUGUAUUGGGAUAUUUAUUGAAAUGAUUUGACUGUGUUCUUCUUAAAUCUCCCAGGUUAACAAGUAUGAUUAUCUGGGCGAUUUAAUUCAAUUGCUGUACAAUCUAACUGUUAUUUAAUUAAUCAAUGUGCUUUAUGUAUAUAUAGUCCAGUAGAGAUGAGCAUGUAUAUUUCAGAGAUUAAUCUACUGGGCCAGUUAGCAGGGAGCAACAAUUUAAACGAUUUGCCGAUACAAGUGUGUAUUUGAGAAGUUCCUAUUUAUAUCAACAUACAUGUACACCAUUUUGUAUAUUUGAUAGCAAACUUACAUGUAGCGUCACAAUAAAUUCAUUAACAACCGUAUAUAGUUUAUACGUGUAUACAUGACCUGUACAUUUUAUACAUUAGGUAAUGUAAAAACCCAUUUGGUACUUCAAAACCUAUUACUUCAAAACCUGUUACAUGUAUUUCCAAUAAUGGGUUUUGCUUGUGUGCUUGUGAUUAAUACUCUUACAUGACAAUGAAUUUAUGCGAAAACUUCUUGAUAUUUUAAUGAAAAAGUUCCAUUCUUAAUAUUAUCAUAGAACGACUCCUUCUGUUGUGCUGACCAUUGUCAGCUGUAUUUUCAAUCGGAGAAAAUCUUAUAAUUCUUUGUGAUUUCUAUGCGUUUCCAUGACAAUUACCUAAAACACAUGACAAAAUCGAUUCAGUUUUGUUCUUGCAGAUAUUCAUACAUUUCAAAACAGUUUUAGUCCGUGAAGGCGUGAAAUUAUUCAUCACCGAAUAAUUCACUGUCCAAGACUAUAUUCAUCUCUAAUCAGUAUGGAACUUCUCAAAUUUUGUUGCAAAACAUUAUAAAUUUUAAAAGAUCUUCUCAAAUGUUACAUGUUUUUAACCUACUUUCUUGCCAAAACUUUCGUCUUACGCCAAAAACAGAUUUUUAUUCGUGCUCUUCGGAUUAAAAAAACUUUGACCCCACCCCUAUUGUUAGUACACAUCACUCAUUGAUACUCUGCUAUUUACAUAUCUUUUGAAACUUGAGUCAAGGGAAAUUUGACCCAAUUUUGGUACAUGAAUAUCUUUUGAAACUCGAGUCAAGGGAAAUUUGACCAAAUUUUGGUACAUGAAUACCUUUUGAAACUUGAGUCAAGGGAAAUUUGACCAAAUUUUGGUACAUGAAUAUCUUUUGAAACUCGAGUCAAGGGAAAUUUGACCCAAUUUAGGUACAUGAAUAUCUUUUGAAACUCGAGUCAAGGGAAAUUUGACCCAAUUUUGGUAUAUGAAUAUCUUUUGAAACUCGAGUCAAGGGAAAUUUGACCCAAUUUUGGUACAUGAAUAUCUUUUGAAACUCGAGUCAAGGGAAAUUUGACCCAAUUUUGGUAUAUGAAUAUCUUUUGAAACUCGAGUCAAGGGAAAUUUGACCCAAUUUUGGUACAUGAAUAUCGUUUGAAACUCAAGUCAAGGGAAAUUUUACCCAAUUUUGGUACAUGAAUAUCAUUUGAAACUCGAGUCAAGGGAAAUUUGACCCAAUUUUGGUACAUGAAUAUCUUUUGAAACUCGAGUUGAGGGAAAUUUGACCCAAUUUUGGUACAUGAAUACCUUUUGAAACUCGAGUCAAGGGAAAUUUGACCCAAUUUUGGUACAUGAAUAACAAAGAGUUGAAAAUUUGAGGCCCAGGGUGGAUGACUCUGACAAGUUCAUUAUUUCAAGUGCUUUGACAAAAGUUGUGCAAGUGUGCCGGCCAGUUCGUUAGACUACCUGAUUUCUGCCAGAAAUAUUGUUUUUGAGGGUACAGGGUCGUGACAAUUGGUUCACAUUGCAUGGUGCUGUUUAUUGUAGUUCCAACGAGAGACGUUAGGUUGAUUUUUUGUUGUACGUUCGAUGUUGUUGCUUGGAAAAGUUAUCAUGGUUCUAUCAUCCUUGACACCCCCAGUUUUUGGAAUGGACUCUUCUUAUGCAUUGAUUAGAAGAGUCCAUACAGGGAAAUGGGGAUGAAGAGGUUCUAAAGCACUUGAGAAGUCUGAUACUUAAGUUGUGGUCACAUAUUUACAUCUUUACGUUACAGUAGAACCUCCCUUAGCGGACACCUCUCUAUUAAGGACACCCUCUCUAUUGAGGACACUAGUUUUGGUCCCAAAUUGGGUGUUUCCAUUCAAUUUGACCUCUCUAAUCAGGACACCUCUCUAGUAAGGACAGUGCCUGUCAGUCCCGAGGGUGUCCAUAAUAGAGAGGUUCUACUCUAAUUCGAAAGUUACGACUUUGAAAAACAUAAUUUAGAUACAAAUCAUCUUUCUAUAUCAUAUCUGAGGCCAAGGAUCAAUUUGUUAUAAUGUAUAAUAAUCUCUCAGUAUUUGCAUGUUCCUGUUGUCUGUCGAUAAAAUUUUCUCCAAUUUUCUCUAAAAAGCAAUAACUUCUACUUAUAUGAGAAUAGAUGAGGCCACAUUUUGAUAAGUUAUUCAAUUCAUACACUUUUAUAAAAUAGUCCAACCAAGUCCUAAAAGGGGUACAACGUUCGUAAAUACUUACGCAUACAAUAGAACCUCUCUAUUAAGGACAUCCUCGGGACUGACAAGUGUUGUCCUUGAUAAAGAGAUGUCCUGAUUAGAGAGGUCAAAUUGAAUGGAAACAACCAAUUGGGACCAAAACGAGCGUCCUUAAUUUAGUCAUUCGUGUGCCCCAUUCUUCAGUUGAACGUGUGCAGGACUCGUACACAUUGAGAUUGUCACACAAAGUGAGAUUAGUUUGUAUAUAGAGAACCAUGAUGAAUUGUUCAUAUUUAUACUAUUUAAAGUAAACUAUUUGAUUGUAUAGAGAUAACCAUGACAAUCCUGACAGUUUAUGUGACGUUUCCAUGUUGUAUAAUUUGUGCCUUGCUUUUGUAGGUUUACAAAAGAAAUAAACACAUUGAAUGAA